GCCUGAGACUUCAGGCAAUAAUAGCAGCAGUGCGCACUGGCUACUGACAUCACCCACAACUCUUCACCUUUCUGCGAAGCUGUCCCAUCAACCCCGGUACCCAGGCUACGUCUUUUGCUUGGAUCCUAUUGUGUAGAAUCAUCAUUGUAAUACGUUUGACCUCCAAGGUAUGCUUCUCUUUUUUUACCUCCUCUUCGUGUUCCUCUCCCGCAUCCCUAGCACCCGCAACCCAUUAUCCCGCCUAUGCAAAUGGACCAGCGGCCAUGGACAUGCUCCAAGCAACAUGGAAAACAAAGAAAAAUCUGCUCUUGUUGGGACGGUUUCAGCCAAUUGCCCGCCCCUCAGGAAUUGCACCGCCUGGCGGGCUUGCCUCGGGGCCUUUGAACCGGUUUUGGCCAUCCAUUUGCUGGGAGCUGCGCAAAAUUCCAAACAACCAGCUUUCCUCUGGGCAUGGGCCAAAUGAUAGGCGGAGCAGCUCCGCCCGCAGGAAUAGGUUGGAAGGGCUUCAUGCUUGGCCGUCCAAUCAUGGCGCGCCUCUGCCCACCGCCCACCUGCAGCACGGCGCACACCAAGUCACGUCAGCUCUCGGAGAGCCAACGGUCCAAUUGAGCAGAACCGCGUCGAAUCCAGCCAUUCCGACGGCUGCUGGGCUGUUCCGGGCCUCCAGCGCGAGCCUGGCGAUGGCUGGGCCAUGGCAGAUGCGAGGGUCGAGCAAUUGCUGCGCCAGAGCCGGCGACGAGGCCGUGAUCGAGCUCUGAAAGCUUGGGAGCUCCGAGCUUUGCCGCCCGCUAAUUUGGCGGCGACGUCAAGCUGCCGCAUACCCUGGCCGAAAACACGUGAUCGGCUCCUCUCGUCGCACCCCACCGUCUCCCUUGUCUGCUGCUCUGGUUGGCUGUUUCCGGUUACUAAUCCGCUACCCCUCCAGCACAAUUCAAAAUGAGAUCAGCUUUCUUCCAACCCCUCCUACCCCGCCAAACCUUUUGCUCCCCCGGCUUAAGAACUU